AUGCCGCAGGAGAUGGCGCGGCGCGGCAGCACCUGGCGGCCGGACAGCUACCUGAUGGGUGUGCAGGCGCUGGCGCGCAGCCUGCUGGCGGCCCAGGCACAGCACCCCCUGCUCGUCAUGUACACCCCAGACAGCCUGUCGCUGGAAGCGGUGGCGGCGCUGCAGCUGGAGGCCUGCCAGCUGCUGCCAGUCGAGCGCUAUGUGCCCGCCGGCCACCACGAUGCUGGGCAGUACAAGCUGCAGCUGUAUGGCGAGUGCUGGAACAAGCUGCGGAUAUGGGAGCUGGAGGAGCAGUACGAAAGGCUGGCCUACCUCGAUGCCGACAUGCUGGUGCUGAGGAACAUCGAUCACCUGUUUGCCCUGCCGCCGGGCUUCUAUGCUGCUCCAGACUGCACGGCCGGGCGGCAGUCGCAGGCGGAGCGCGACGCGUGCCCGCUGUUCUCCCCAGAGCGACCACACUACUUCAACGCAGGCUUCUUCCUCGUGACGCCCUCACGUGCCGAGCUGGCACGGUUUCAGUCGCUGCUGGCGGCUGGGGCUGUGCGCAUCGGAGGCUACGCGGAGCAGGACCUGCUGAACGAGGUGCUGCACGGCUCACGCCAGGAGUUCAGUGCUCCGCAGGACACUUGGAGGCCGCUGCCGCACACCUUCAACGCGCAGAAGGGCAUCCGCCGCCACCACCCGCAGCUGUGGCGCCAGCACUGGCACGCCGUGGCCGUCGUUCACUACACGGAUGCCAAGCCCUGGCAGGAGGGCCACUCGGAUCACGCAGAGUAUCAAGAUUUGGUGCAGCUGUGGUGGCGGGUCUUCCACUCUGGGCGCCCAGCCCUGACCGGCGGCAGUGCGGCCCGGGGCCCGCCACCGCCAGCCCCCAGCGCCUGA